AUGAUAGAAAAUUUAAAUAUAUCUAAUAAAACAAAUAUAACAUUAUUUAUUAUAUAUCAACAAUUAAAUGAAUUUUCUAUUGAUGGUAAGAUUAAUAUUCAAUGUGUAAAUUUAAUACAACCAAAUCUAUUUCAUUUAUAUCAUCGUGAUAGUGGUUUAAUAAAAUUAAAAUUAACUGUUGAUAAACUUAAUGCUUAUCUACAUUCAAUUGGUCGUGUUAAAUUAUGUCGACAUGUUAAUGAUGAAGUUACAUUAAAAUCUAUAAGAGCUGGUGAUGUUGAAUGUCGAAAUUCUAUUGAUGAAAUAAAUAUAGUAUUAAGUGGAAUUGGUAGUGUUUAUUAUUCAGAUCCAUUAAAAACAACAAAUUAA